UAUAUAUACAUUGUAAAAGCCAAUUCAUACACUAUAUCUCUCAGUCUUCACCUUUCUUUUCACUCUUUAUUUUGUUCUAUUUAUAUUUCCUCCCAAGCUUAGAAACAACAAAGAAAAAAACAAAAAAAAACGAGAAGAAAAGAGGAUUAGCGAUGAGAGGAAGAGAAGGAGAAGAAGAAGAAUCAGCGUCGAGGAUUCCACUGUUGAAAAGCCCUGACACGGCGGGGGAAGACGGUGGGGGAUUGAAGAGGAAAGUUUGGGUUGAGACAAAGAAGCUAUGGCAAAUCGUUGGUCCUGCAAUAUUCAGUAGAUUAACGACAUAUUCGAUGCUUGUGAUCACUCAAGCUUUCGCUGGUCAUCUCGGAGAUCUCGAACUCGCCGCAAUCUCCAUCGUCAACAACGUCGUCGUCGGUUUCAACUUCGGCCUCUUGCUUGGAAUGGCGAGUGCGUUGGAAACGCUGUGUGGACAAGCGUUUGGAGCGAAGAAGUAUCAUAUGUUGGGAGUUUAUAUGCAGCGUUCUUUUAUUGUUCUCUUCGUUUGCUGUGUCUUUUUAUUACCGAUUUACCUUUUCACGACUCCGGUUCUCAAAUUUCUCGGUCAGCCGAACGAUAUCGCUGAGCUUUCCGGUGUCGUCGCCGUUUGGGUCAUUCCUCUUCAUUUCGCGUUUGCUUUGUCUUUCCCGCUUCAGCGUUUCCUCCAGUGCCAGCUUAAAAACCAAGUGACUGCGUUCGCGGCUGCGGUUGCAUUAGUGGUUCACUUUUUAGUGUGUUGGCUGUUUGUGGACGGGCUUAAGCUAGGAGUGGUCGGGACUAUGGCUACGGUUAAUAUAUCUUGGUGGGUCAACGUUCUUAUUAUGCUAGCUUACUCCGUUUGCGGUGGCUGUCCACUCACUUGGACCGGCUUCUCCUCCGAAGCCUUCACCGGACUUUGGGAAUUUCUCAAACUCUCCGCUUCCUCCGGCGUCAUGCUUUGUUUGGAGAAUUGGUAUUAUCGGAUUUUGAUUAUAAUGACGGGAAAUCUUCAAAAUGCUCGAAUCGCCGUUGACUCUUUGUCUAUAUGCAUGACAAUAAAUGGAUGGGAGAUGAUGAUUCCUCUCGCCUUCUUCGCUGGAACCGGAGUACGUGUGGCAAACGAAUUAGGAGCAGGCAAUGGAAAAGGAGCGCGAUUUGCAACGAUUGUAUCAGUGACACAAUCGUUAAUAAUCGGAUUAUUUUUUUGGGUGAUAAUAAUGCUUUUCCAUAACAAAAUCGCUUGGAUCUUCUCAUCAAGCGAGGCCGUUUUAACGGCCGUUAAUAAACUCUCCAUUCUGUUAGCUUUCACCAUCCUUCUUAACAGUGUUCAACCGGUUCUUUCCGGUGUGGCCGUCGGAUCGGGAUGGCAAUCCUACGUGGCAUAUAUAAACUUGGGAUGUUACUAUUGCAUCGGAGUUCCACUUGGAUUUCUAAUGGGCUGGGUUUUUGAUUUCGGUGUCAUGGGUAUUUGGGCUGGUAUGAUUUUUGGAGGAACUGCAGUUCAGACGACGAUCUUAGGUAUUAUCACGAUGAGAUGUGAUUGGGAAAAAGAGGCGCAAAAGGCAAAUGCACGUGUUAACAAAUGGUCCGGCACAAUAAAAUGAAGAUUUAUUGAAUAAAUUUUGCAGCAUAAUUUUGUGUUUUAAAAAACGUAUUUCUUGGUAUCAAAAUGUGAUACAGUAUACCAAGAACUGGUUCAAAUGUUACAGAGGUUCUUGGUAGUUACUACAAAACAAUACUUUUUUGUAACUCAUUUUCUAAAAAUGUCUAUUGUAUUACUAUCAGGAAAAUAGUCACAUGUUAUGUUAUUAAAGUCUAGAAAAUGCUUUAUUUAGUAAAUCACCUUUUUUAAAUGAGAAGGGGAGCGCUUUUUCUCUCUGAGUCGUCACUUUUCUUUUUACUCCUCUUUUUGUUCUAUUAAUAUUAUUUCCUCCCAAGCUUCAAAACAACAAAACAAAGAAAAAGAAAAGAAAAGAGGGUUAGCGAUGAGAGGGCGAGGAGGAGUAGAAGAAUCAGCGUCGAGGACUCCACUGUUGAGAAGCCCUGACACGGCGGAGGAAGACGGUGGAGGAUUGAAGAGGAAAGUUUGGGUUGAGACAAAGAAGCUAUGGCAAAUCGUUGGUCCUGCAAUAUUCAGUAGAUUAACGACAUAUUCGAUGCUUGUGAUCACUCAAGCUUUCGCUGGUCAUCUCGGAGAUCUCGAACUCGCCGCAAUCUCCAUCGUCAACAACGUCGUCGUCGGUUUCAACUUCGGUCUCUUGCUUGGAAUGGCGAGUGCGUUGGAAACGCUGUGUGGACAAGCGUUUGGAGCGAAGAAGUAUUAUAUGUUGGGAGUUUAUAUGCAGCGUUCUUGGAUUGUUCUCUUCUUUUGUUGUGUCUUUUUAUUACCGACUUACCUUUUCACGACUCCGGUUCUCAAAUUUCUCGGUCAACCGGACGAUAUCGCUGAGCUGUCCGGUGUCGUCUCCGUUUGGGUCAUUCCUCUUCAUUUCGCGUUUGCUUUGGCUUUACCGCUUCAACGUUUCCUCCAGUGCCAGCUUAAAAACCAAGUUACUGCAUUUUCGGCUGCGGUUGCAUUAGUGGUUCACUUUUUAGUGUGUUGGCUGUUUGUGGACGGGCUUAAGCUAGGAGUGGUCGGGACUAUGGCUACGAUUAGUGUCUCUUGGUGGGUCAACGUUCUUAUUUUGCUAGCUUACACCGUUUGUGGUGGCUGUCCACUCACUUGGACGGGCUUCUCCUCCGAAGCCUUCACCGGACUUUGGGAAUUUCUCAAACUCUCCGCUUCCUCUGGCGUCAUGCUUUGUUUGGAAAAUUGGUAUUAUCGGAUUUUGAUUAUUAUGACGGGAAAUCUUCAGAAUGCUCGAAUCGCCGUUGACUCUUUGUCUAUAUGCAUGACAAUUAAUGGAUGGGAGAUGAUGAUUCCUCUCGCUUUCUUCGCCGGAACCGGAGUACGUGUGGCGAACGAAUUAGGAGCAGGCAAUGGAAAAGGAGCGCGAUUUGCAACGAUUGUAUCAGUAACACAAUCGUUAAUUAUCGGAUUAUUUUUUGGGGUGAUAAUAAUGCUUUUUCAUAACCAAAUCGCUUGGAUCUUCUCAUCAAGCGAGGCCGUUUUAACGGCUGUUAAUAAACUCACCAUUCUGUUAGCUUUCACCAUCCUUCUUAACAGUGUUCAACCGGUUCUUUCCGGUGUGGCCGUCGGAUCGGGCUGGCAAUCCUACGUGGCAUAUAUAAACUUGGGAUGUUACUAUUGCAUAGGAGUUCCACUUGGACUCUCAAUGGGCUGGGUUUUUAAUUUCGGUGUCAUGGGAAUUUGGGCUGGUAUGAUUUUUGGAGGAACUGCAGUUCAGACAAUGAUCUUAGGUUUUAUCACGAUGAGAUGUGAUUGGGAAAAAGAGGCUCAAAAGGCAAAUGCGCGUGUUAACAAAUGGUCCGACACGACGAAAUGAUGAUUUAUUGCAUAAUUUAGUGUUUUCAAAUAGGUAUAUCUUGGUAUCAAAAUGUGUUACCAUAACUGGUUCAAAUAUUACAGAAGCUCAUUGUAGUUACUACAAAAUGUCUCUCUUCUUUGUUCUUUCUUUCGAACCUUGUUCAUGUCUUACUCUUUGUCGCUAAUGACCCUGCGAAAAAAGAAUAACAAACCAAGUUUUUAUCAAAAUCUUUAUAAUUUUUUUUUAUUAUGUGUUUUAUUUACAAUCCAGCUUCCAACUAAUAUUAUGUAUUUAUUGUGUUCUGUUUGCAUUUAUAUUUACGUCAGUCCAUCCAGUAUUUGUUUAUAUUAUAAACAAUUGGACAAAAAAAGGGAAAAGAAAAAAAGACAUUAGCGAUGAGAGGAAGAGGAGGAGAAGAAGAGUCGGCGUCGAGGAUUCCACUGUUGCAAAGCCCUGACACGGCGGAGGAAGACGGUGGAGGAUUGAAGAAGAGAGUUUGGGUUGAGACAAAGAAGCUAUGGCAAAUCGUUGGUCCUGCGAUAUUCAGUAGACUAACUACAAAUUCGAUGCUUGUAAUCACUCAAGCAUAUGCUGGUCAUCUCGGAGAUCUUGAACUCGCCGCAAUCUCCAUCGUCAGUAACGUCAUCGCCAGCUUCAACUUCGGCCUCUUGCUUGGAAUGGCAAGUGCGUUGGAAACGCUGUGUGGACAAGCGUUUGGAGCGAAGAAAUAUUAUAUGUUGGGAGUUUAUAUGCAGCGUUCUUGGAUUGUUCUCUUCUGUUGCUGUGUCCUUUUAUUACCGACUUAUCUUUUCACAACUCCGCUUCUCAAAUUUUUUGGUCAACCGGACGAUAUCGCUGAGCUUUGCGGUGUUAUCUCCGUUUGGGCCAUCCCUCUCCAUUUCGCCUUUUGUUUGGCUUUACCGCUUCAACGUUUCCUCCAGUGCCAGCUUAAAAACCAAGUGACUGCGUUUGCGGCCGCGGUUGCAUUAGUGGUUCACAUUUUUGUGUGUUGGUUGUUCGUGGACGGGCUGAAACUUGGAGUCAUCGGUACUAUGGCUACGAUUGGAUUAUCUUGGUGGGUCAGCGUUCUUAUUCUAUUAGCUUACUCCGUUUGUGGUGGCUGCCCACUCACUUGGACCAGCUUCUCCUCCGAAGCCUUCACCGGCCUUUGGGAGUUUCUCAAACUCUCCGCUUCUUCCGGCGUCAUGCUUUGUUUGGAAAAUUGGUAUUAUCAGAUUUUGAUAAUAAUGACUGGAAAUCUUCCCAACCCUCGAACUGCUGUUGACUCUUUGUCCAUAUGCAUGACGGUAAAUGGCUGGGAGAUGAUGAUUCCUCUUGGUUUCUUCGCCGGAACCGGAGUACGUGUGGCGAACGAAUUAGGAGCAGGUAAUGGAAAAGGAGCAAGAUUAGCGACGAUUGUAUCAGUAACACAAUCGUUAAUUGUCGGAUUAUUUUUUUGGGUGAUAAUAAUGCUUUUCCAUAAUCAAAUCGCUCGGAUCUUCACAUCAAGCGACGUCGUUUUAACGGCUGUUAAUAAACUCAUCAUUCUGUUAGCUUUUACCGUUCUUCUCAACAGCGUUCAACCGGUUCUUUCCGGUGUCGCGGUUGGAUCGGGCUGGCAAUCCUACGUGGCAUACAUAAACUUGGGAUGUUACUAUUGCAUCGGAGUUCCACUUGGGUUUCUAAUGGGCUGGGUUUUUGAAUUCGGCGUCAUGGGAAUCUGGGCUGGUAUGAUGUUUGGAGGAACCGCAGUUCAGACGAUGAUUUUAAUUUUUAUCACGAUGAGGUGUGAUUGGGAAAAAGAGGCACGUAGAGCAAAUGCGCGUGUUAACAAGUGGUCCAAUAUAAUAAAAUAAUGUUGUUUUUGAUAAAAAAAAAAAUAUUGUGUGCAAGGUACUCAAUUUAAAUAUAUUUAAUAAUUUUCACCAUACUUAGGUUUUCUUGAAACAUCUCAGUAUAAUUCUUAAAUUUUGCAAGAGCUGAAAAUUUAACAUGGCUGAUGCAGCAGUUGACAUA